AUGUUUCAGGGUAAAAUAUUGGGCAGGGGUGGUCGAUGGGUAUUGCAUUCCUACUACUGUAUGGCUGCACUGAUGCUUUUCGCACUCCUUUCCGUUAUCCUCACCUCCGCGAAUACGGGAGACGUUGGGCGACGCGCUAGGCACCCUGGAUCAUCAGUGCCGUUUCAUCUAAAUAACGUUGAGAAUCGCUUCCUACAGUCGUUCGAUUUGACUGGGCUAACCGGAGUCCCAUCUAAAGAAUUCCCCACGUCUCUUUUCAUGCAGGAUUUUCAGGCCCCGAGAUGCAACAACGGCGGCGAGGUCGAUGACGACCGCUGCAUUUGCCCGAUCUACUACACAGGAUCCUAUUGCUCAGAGCGGCAAUGCCCGAACUCGGUUAACGGCAAGCGACCGUACCGCAUUCUCCCGGUCAACCCGGUUACCAAGCUCUGCGAUGAUUGCGAUUUGAAUGAUUUUGAGGGUCUCAACUGUCAGCUCUGUCGCCGUGAUGCCGCCUGUGGGGUGUAUGGCGGGAAUAACUCCCAGUGCAACCGCUCCAUCGCGAUACGAGGGAAUAGUAAGCAGUUUCAAUGCCACCUGAAGCCGUCUUAUUUCGUGGAUAUGAUGAGCGGUGGGCGGAACGUCUCGGUGGAUAUCCUGUUAAACUGCUCCACCCCUGACGGAACGGCAUUCAGUGCGGGCAAAUCUGGCGUCUGCCACAUGGCUCUUUACCGCACCGAGGACGACAAGGCGUUUGUGGAUCCCUUUUUUCGUUGUGAAACAACCCGGUGCAGCAUGCGGUACGCCACCAAGGCGAAAAGUGAAACGUCAGGUGAGGCCAAAGCGAAAACGUGGAUUGAUGGCGUCUUCGCGAACGUGCGCGUUGCUGGAAGGGUGCUGAUGCUCGCUCUUUGUGCGUCGUUGGUUCUGCUCGGUGGCAUCGCGCGAUCUCUGGGGUACAAACGCCUCAAACGCUUCACGAUGGUCAUCGGCGCUGCGCUCUGUGCAACCGCGGCGCUAUACAUUUUUCUAAUGGUGCUCAGCAUGCGGAUGGCGGAUCCGGAGGCGGUGGUUGUCUACGAAUGUGAAAAAACAAGCUGCGCCUGCGCCGAGGAUCCACCGGAGCGCUACCGGCCAAGAUGCUCGGAAACGGAUAUCCUGGUCAAUAAGGUGCUUCCUUCGAUUCAAAAUGGGGUUCGCAUUGAAUGUGAUAUCGCAUCCGGGGGGUGUGAGCUGACGUUAACUGACAUCAUGCUCGUCUUUGAUGUCGAUUGCGAGGCGGCGGAGUGCGUCGACGAAUCCCAGUUUCCACUCACCCCUGAGAACGACGACGAUGACGCGACCGCGUCGAAGCUACACCUGCUACUAAAGGCGCUCUUCGUUUCUGCCAAUCUUUCUUUAGUUGGCGUGCUCAUCCAUUGGAUUUACCUAAGACGGCGUUCCAAGGAGCGGAUACGGGAGUUUUUGCUUCUUUUCCACGUCGACGCCGCUCCAGCGAUGGCGGACGACGGGCUCGAGUACGACGAUGACGGCUUCGAGGAUGCCAACAUGCCGGUCGUGAUGCCCCCUACGGGAAACCUUCCGUCGAUGUUGACUCCCCCGACGACGCCAUACUUGCCUCGCAAGGGUGGGGAUGUGACUCCGAGUCCGAGCGAUUCCCAUGGGGGUCUCUCCACGCGGCUUCUCGAGAAUUCCCCUAGUCGUCCGCGUGCGGCGAGGAGCUGGUCUCGUGGGAUCACCGCGAGUGAAAGCUCCAUCGGGAUGAUGGAUUCGUUCCUCUUUGAAAGCCAGGAGGAGGUCGAGAGGAUCCGCGCCCUGAUGCGCUCCCCGUUGCAACUUCGCGUGGAAGGUCUCCGGUAUACCUUGAAGAGCCCUUCCUUCGCGCCACUCAACGAGGACACCGGGGUCCGUGUGAUUCUCCAUCAGAUCCAUUUCACCGUUCGCUCCGGGGAUGUCUUGGCGAUUAUGGGGCCCUCGGGGGCUGGGAAGACGACCUUGCUGGAUUUGUUGUCGGUUCGCGCGAAGUCCGGGGUGGUGCAUGGGGAUGUGCUGCUUAACGGUUCCUUGGUCUCCACCACGGGCGGCCACGCCUCGCAGUAUCGCAACAUCAUCGGUUAUGUUUCGCAGGAAGAUACCCUUCUCCCGGCGCUCACCGUCCGGCAAACCCUCGAAUAUGCCGCCCGCCUGAAGCUACCAACGGCCUUCUCGAAACGCACCAUCGACCACAUCGUUGAUCGCAUGAUUCAGAUCUGCAAGCUUCAGCAAUGCGAGCACACGAUGGUUGGAGGGGGGGGAAGUAUCACGCGUGGGAUCAGUGGAGGAGAGCGUCGUCGGGUUUCCGUCGCCGUCGAGCUCCUGGCGAACCCGCGCAUUCUUUUCCUGGAUGAACCCACAAGUGGGCUGGACGCGGUAAGCGCCAAGCGCAUGAUCGAGGCCGUGGUGAAGCUGGCCAAGGAUUCCUCGAUGCGCUCGUACGCGCCGUACUUCUUCGCGUUCAAUCCUAUCGUCGUCUUUAGCAUCCACCAGCCUUCGCAGGAAAUUUUCGACAUGUUCGACAACGUGUUGCUUCUUUCAAAAGGCAUGAGCGUGUACUGUGGUCCCGCACGCGAGGCCGCGGCAACGUUGGAGCAGCGCGUGUACGAAGCCUUUGGCGGCACGCGUGUGAUCCCCUUGAGGACGGAGCACAACAACGAGGCCGAGUACCUGAUGAAGUUGGAGGAGCUCCUCGACGACAACGUCCGUUUGGAGCUCCAACAACAGGAUAUCCGCUGCAACUCGCAGCGUUACCCUGAGGAGUGGUGGAUGGAACCCUCGGUGGGGCGGGAGGACAACCGAACCGAGGAGACCGAGUCGCCGAGCGUCGCCGAAGGGUAUGAGAUCCUGCGCUCUGCCGCGGACCUGAGGGUCUACUACAUGAACGUUUAUCAGCAGUUCGCCCUGCUCACCUCCCGCUCCGUCGCGAGCCUCAUCAGCUCUUUCCAUCUCGUGAUGUCGCACGCCGCCGUGGUGGUGUGCAUGGCGAGCCUGAUGUGUGGCCUUUAUAAGGAGCAAACGCUGGACUUGGCGGGGGCGCUGAAUCGGGAGGGCAGCGUGACUUUCCUCCUUUUGGUUACCUCCUUCGUCUCGCUUAGCUGUUUGGAGCACCUCAUCUUGGAGCGAAAGCUCUUUAUUGUGGAGCGCGAGAACGGCUUCUAUAGCACGUUGCCGUAUUUUCUCUCCAAACUCGUGGUGGACAUCUUCCCCUUGCGGGUUAUCCCGUCCGUAGUUCUGAGCUCCGCCAUUUAUUUCUCAAUGGGCUUUCGCACGGACUCGGGUGAGCAUUUUAUGUGGUUUAUCGUCAUCAUCACCCUCUUUUCGGUGUGUAUGACGCUAAUGGUGAUGUGUGUUGGCAUUGUGAUGGAAUCUUUUGGUGCAUCUGCACUCGUAAGCAGCGUUUUUAUUCUGUGGUUCUUCGUCUUUGGCGGUUCCAUGGUGCAGGCAGAGACGAUCCCGUACUACCUAAAGCCCUUCCAGAUUAUUUCACCCUUCUUCCUUUCUUUUGAGUCGCUCAUGAUCAAUGAGUUGGAUAAGCAGUCCUGCGUCUUUUCCCCGACAGAUGAGACGGGAAAAAAGUCUUCCAACAGUAUUUCUAUUCAGUGUCGACAGUAUCUGUUUAAUGUGGGAUUAAAACCGGCCCGAUUUUCGUUAGAUGUUAUGCAGUUGGGCUUGAUUUGCUUUUUACUGGUGCUUGUGGCGUGGAUUCUUCUCGCCAUGUUUACGAAACUUGUCCGCUAG